UGCUAGAGUUGCUCUUAUCCCAUCCGCUCUCUCGCGGUCUGUGCUCCACUCCACUCCACCCCCCUCACCCCACCCCCGCCCGCGCCGCCGCCAUGGUCGCGCUCGCCUCCCUCUCUUCUCUGUGCCUCUGCGGCUCCGCUCGCCGCCGUUCUGCCUCCGCGCCCACCUCCAUAUCAUGCUGUGUGCUCGCAACUCCCUCCGGCAGAGGGUCUCAUGAAUCUAGAAUACCCCGUAGAAGGUUCCGGAGAACCGAGGGUGCUACUAAGAGCAUGGAAGAUUCAGUCAAGCGAAAGAUGGAGCAGUUCUACGAAGGGGUGGAUGGUCCGCCCCUCCGGGUCCUCCCAAUCGGCGGCCUUGGGGAAAUCGGCAUGAAUUGCAUGCUCGUCGGGAACUAUGACCGUUAUAUCCUGAUUGAUGCAGGGGUUAUGUUCCCAGACUACGACGAGUUUGGUGUGCAAAAGAUUAUUCCCGACACAACUUUCAUCAAGAAAUGGAGCCACAAAAUUGAAGCAGUUAUUAUUACACAUGGCCAUGAAGAUCACAUCGGUGCGUUGCCUUGGGUUAUUCCUGCACUGGAUUCGACCACACCUAUUUUUGCGUCAUCUUUUACGAUGGAGCUCAUAAAGAAACGUUUGAAGGAGUUUGGGAUUUUUCUCUCAUCCAGGCUAAAGAGUUUUAGAGUUAGAAAUAGGUUUCAGGCUGGUCCAUUUGAAGUGGAACCUAUCCGCGUAACUCAUUCAAUUCCUGACUGCUGUGGAUUAGUGCUUCGUUGUGGUGAUGGCACAAUUUUCCAUACUGGUGACUGGAAAAUUGAUGAAUCACCAGUGGAUGGGAGAAUAUUCGACCGAGAAGCAUUGGAGGAGCUCUCGAAAGAAGGUGUUACUCUGAUGAUGAGCGACUCAACAAAUAUUCUGUCCCCUGGAAGAUCCACCAGUGAAUCUGUUGUCGCUAGUUCAUUGUUGCGUCAUGUUUCAGAAGCAAAAGGGAGAAGAGUAAUUACAACACAAUUUGCUUCAAAUAUACAUCGCAUUGGGAGCAUCAAAGCCGCUGCAGACUUAACUGGUCGAAGGCUGGUCUUUGUUGGAAUGUCACUGCGGACGUACCUUGAGGCUGCUUUCAGGGAUGGAAAGGCACCACUGGAUCCAUCAACCUUGGUUAAGGCAGAGGACAUGGAUGCAUAUGACCCUAAAAAUCUUUUAGUCGUUACUACAGGUUCACAGGCAGAGCCACGUGCGGCUCUGAAUCUCGCAUCUUAUGGUGGGAGCCAUGCUCUUAAACUAUCCAAAGAGGACGUCCUUCUUUAUUCAGCUAAGGUUAUCCCUGGAAACGAGUCCCGGGUAAUGAAGAUGUUAAAUCGCCUCACCGACCUUGGCCCCAAAAUUGUUAUGGGUAAAGAUGCUGGCCUCCAUACAUCUGGGCAUGCUUAUCACGAUGAACUGGAGGAAGUUCUACAGAUUGUUAAACCGCAGCAUUUCUUGCCUGUUCAUGGGGAACUCUUGUUUCUCAAAGAACAUGAAUUGCUAGGAAGGUCAACUGGCAUAAAGCACACUACUGUAAUUAAAAAUGGGGAGAUGCUUGGUGUAUCUCAUCUAAGAAACAGAAAGGUUUUGUCAAAUGGGUUUGUUUCUUUAGGGAAGCAGGACUUUAAGUUAAUGUAUAGUGACGGAGACAAAGCUUUUGGAACGUCCACUGAUCUCUGCAUUGACGAGAGAUUCAGGAUCGCAUCUGAUGGCAUUAUCUUUGUCAGCAUGGAGAUCUUCCGACCUAAACCUGCUUCACCACAGUCUGGCUUGAAAGGGAAAUUUAAAAUAACAACACGGUGUCUAUGGCUUGAUUAUGGUAGACUACUUGAUGCACUUUACAAGGCUGCGCAUGCUGCAUUGUCAAGCUGUCCUUUGAAUUGCCCACUUAGUCACAUGGAGCGAAUGGUAUCUGAAAUCUUGAGGAAAAUGGUCAGAAAGUACAGUGGAAAGAGACCUGACGUCAUUGUAGUUGCUUCAGAGAACACUACAGUAGGUUUCUCAGAAGAGGUAAUAAAUAGGCAUAUGAGUCUUGUAGACUAUGAGAAAACACGGCCAGAGAACCCAGAGCGUGAGGCUGAAGAGAGCAUCCCUGAGGUCAUGAGAACAACACCUGACGAUGCAACCACUAGCUCCAAUGGUGAAUCAUUCUUCUCUCCUGAUUUACAUCAGCCUAAAACAUUGGAUCAUUUUUGGGAGUCGUUCAAGUCCCCUACAGCAGUAAAAAUUGCAAGAAUUGUCAAUGCUUCAGCUCAAGGGAACAAACCAAAGCUCGGCAAGAUCAGCAUAAUUGAUAAGGAUUCCAGCACGUCAGCUCCUGCUCCAGCUAAAUCUUCAAGAAAGAACAAGUGGAAGCCCGAGGAAAUUAAGAGCUUAAUACAGCUGCGUGGAGAAAUGAAUGAGAAAUUCCAAACCGUCAAAGGAAGAAUGGUUCUGUGGGAAGAGAUAUCUGGUAGCCUGUUGAAGCAGGGGAUAACUCGUACACCAGCACAGUGCAAAUCUGUGUGGACAUCAUUGCUUCAGAAAUACGAGGAGAGCAAGAAGGAUGAAGAAAACAUGCGGACAUGGCAAUAUUUUUCGGCCAUGGAUAGUUUUUUAUCAUGCGAAGGGGAAAUGGCAACCAAAUGAAACAGACCCGUAAUAAAUUGCUUAGCGAUAGUUAUUUGGAGAUCAGUGUAUUGUAAGGUAGUCCGUGAAUCAACGACAAGAUCAACAGCGUCUCCAGGAAGUAAUCCUAUCAUUCUUUGCCAUUGCAUGAGAUGCCUGGGGUAGUCACGUGAAACUAGGUUUACCAAUCCACCAUGUUGUAUUAGUUUUUGUGGGAUCAGCAACUAGAUCUAUCAAUUGAUUAGUCAGUUAAGUUGCAACAUUAGCAAGUAAAAAGGCGCUCUCGUGUUACAGAAUGGAUUAAUUCUGGCCUCACAUUUAGGCCGUAACAAGGUGGAGAUCGAGUCCGAUCGUGUUCCUGUGAUUGAAGCUACAAAACUACUACUAUGGAGCUGACGCGGCGAUCAUUGCUGAAUGUGCUCAACUUGCAACAGGGUUCGGGAAGGUUUGUUUUGGUUAUUGUCGUCGAGAUGCAAAUGCGGUUGUUGAUUGUCUUGCUAAA